ACGGAUUGCAUAGGUGGUUUUGUUGGUGGGUUUGGUCUUAUCUCGCUGAUUGUCAAGGACAGACUCUACAUGUCUGAAGCCAUGGUUGCAACGAUAUUUGGCAUUAUUAUUGGUCCUGCAGGCUGCAAUAUUUUUAAUCCAGAAGCCCUAUUUCCAGGACAAGUCAAUCAUGUCAUUCUCGAAUUUUCUCGCUUGGUCAUUGCUAUUCAAUGUCUUGUUGCAGGGAUUUCUCUUCCGCGUAGUUUUAUCUGGAAAGAGCGGCAAAGUAUCACGAUGCUACUUGGGCCUGUCAUGUUAUACAUGUGGUUGAUGUCUGCUUUGGCUAUUUGGGUCGUAUGUGGUGUACCAUGGCAGCUAGCACUGAUUAUCGCAGGUUGCUUAACUCCCACAGAUCCCGUUUUGGCCAAUUCCAUCGUAAAGGGAAAAUUUGCCGAAAAGCAUAUUCCGUAUCAUGUCCGGUUGUUGCUAUCGGCCGAGAGUGGAUCCAAUGACGGGUUUGGUGCACCAUUGGUAUUUUUUCCUGUUUAUAUUUGGCGUAUGAGCAAUACAGGAGAGGCUAUUGGAUGGUGGUUGGUCAAUGUUGUUAUUUACCAAGUAGUUCUUUCCAUUGUACUCGGAGUCAUUAUUGGCACUUUGUCUCGCAAAGCCCUCAAAUGUGCAGAGAGUAAUGGAUGGAUCGAUAAAGAAUCUAUUUUGGGAUUCUUUAUCGCCAUUGCAUUGGUAACGACGGGGGCCUUGUCACUCUUGGGUGUAGAUGAUGUGCUGGGAUGUUUUGUUGUUGGAGCUAUAUUGUCUUGGGAUGAUUGGUUUAAUAGACAAAUUGAAGAAACGCAUAUUCAAGAAGUUCUUGAUGCGCUCAUCAACAUGUCGUUUUUUAUCGUGUUUGGAACGUUGAUUCCAUGGCAUGAAUACACUGCUGUUGAAGGAGUGCUUUCUAUUUGGAGGAUGAUAUUGGUCGCGCUAUGGCUGGUCCUUUUGCGCCGAUUACCGAUUGUCGUAUUGCUGAGCAGAUGGAUGCCUGCACUCAAGAAUCAAAAAGAGGUUUUUUUCUGUGGUUGGUUUGGUCCAAUUGGAGUUGGAGCGCUGUUUUACUGCAUGAUUGCUGUCAUCUAUUUGCAAAUUGACUACAAGCCUUUGUUUCCGAUUGUUGCUUUCAUGGUGCUAAGUUCGAUUGUACUGCAUGGUGGAUCAGUGUCACUAUUUGAAAUUGGCAUUACUCGACACUCGACAUGGCAAAACAAUCGACUUGCAGCACAGAUUGCUAGUGCGAUGCAAGAACAACAAGGCAAUCAAGGCAAUCAAGUGGUCAUUGGUGGAUUAGUCAUUCCUAGUAAUGGUAAAUCUUGA